AUGGUCGUUCUCGCCGCGUCCAUAUGCACCCGCGGGGGCAAAGCUGUCCUGUCGCGUCAAUUCCGAGAAAUCGCUCGCUCCAGAAUUGAGGCCCUUCUCGCGUCUUUUCCCAAGCUCGCGGACUCCGGUACCCAGCACACCACCGUUGAACAAGACAAUGUCCGCUUCGUUUAUCAGCCCCUGGACGAGCUGUAUAUCGUUCUCAUUACCAAUCGGCAAUCGAACAUCCUGCAGGAUAUCGACAGUCUUCACCUCUUCGCCCAAGUCACUACCAGCAUUUGCAAGAGUCUGGAUGAGCGGGAAAUUCUCCGCAAUGCCUUUGAGUUACUCAGCGCCUUCGACGAGCUCGUGACAAUGGGCUACAGAGAAAACCUCUCGCUUACGCAGAUCAAAGCAUUCCUGGAGAUGGAGAGUCACGAAGAACGGAUCCAGGAGAUCAUUGAACGGAACAAAGAACUCGAGGCCAGCGAGGAGCGCAAACGAAAGGCGAAGCAGCUUGAAAUGCAGCGGAAAGAGGCCGCCCGCACCGGUCGAGCUAUGGCCCCCAGGACCCCGUCUUAUCCCGUUUAUACCCCUCCAUCCCGCCCUGCUGUGCCUGAUACCUAUGAUACCUACGAGGCCGAAAAGAAGAAAUCCUUCGCCAAACCCCUGCCAACUCGUGGGAAGGGCAUGCAGCUCGGAAAGAAGUCGAAAACGACAGAUAUCUAUGAGAAAGUCCGCGGUGACCUUGGUCCGGAGGUGGAGGAGUCCAGCCCCUUGGUCACCCCGCAAGCGUCGACGCCUGUCCAAACUUCCUCGGCCCGGCCCUCUCUGUCGACGGACCGCGAGCCUGUUCAUGUUACCAUCGCCGAAACGAUCUCUGCUGCGCUUACUCGCGAAGGAGCCCUGAAAUCGUUCGAAGUCAAGGGAGACCUCCAGCUUCGCAUCACAGACCCGGCAUUUACCAAACUCCGACUUGGUCUCGUUGCGAACCCCACACAUGGCGCUCAAUUCCGGACUCACCCGAACGUGGACAAAACGGCUUUUACCAGUUCUUCCGCCAUUCAGUUGAAGGACACGACGAAGCGAUUCCCGGAUAACAACUCGAUUGCUGUUCUGCGCUGGCGCGUUGCUAGUUCAGGCUCCGAUAGCGCUGACAUUUUGCCAAUCACGUUCACCGUUUGGACCAACAAAGGCUCGGAGUCCACUACGGUGACGGUCGAGUACGAGCUGACUGGCUCGGACACUCUCCGAGACGUUGUGGUGACUAUUCCGUACAGUACAGAGGAGCCCACGGUGUCUAGCUUUGAUGCCGUAUACGAAGUAUCGGGAGAUAGCCUGGACUGGACUAUCGGCACUGUUGACGAGAGCAAUGCCUCGGGUAGCUUCGAAUUUGAGGCCACCGGGGACGGCGAUGAAAAUGAGUUCUUCCCCAUGAAUGUGCGCUUUACCAAGACCAAUCCGUUCGUGGAAGUCGAUGUCACCGACGUCGCCUUGUUGGAGAUGGAAGGCGAGAGCACUGGCUUCUCGAAGGAUGUCAAGUCCAUUGCGAAGGGCUAUGUCAUUGAGUAA